UUACGAACCACGCUGAAUAACCUCUCCUCGAUAUGGUACGCGAUAUUAACGACACUUCUCCAGGUCUACCUACUUUAUCUGGGAUUUGAAAGAUACCGACUAUACAACGAAAUCAAAUGGCCGACUGGAGGAUACCCCUAUGGCUAUCUCAUGACUUACGUUUCAAUUUACAUAGUUUCGAUUGGCGGAACAUUUUUAUUAUUCACCAGUGCUUUUUUCAAAUCUGGAAAUAUUGCUGGUGACAACGAACGACUUGCUGAUCGUGAAAGCCGAGUUCUAGAAGUUGAUCGUAGUAGAAAUGGAGAUAAAUCGGGAUGUGUCCAUGGUAUGAAGGUUUUGUGGCAGCAUCUUCCACCGUUACCGCAGCAGAUCCAUGUUAUCAUUGCUAUCGGACAGUUGAUUGCUCAACAACUCAUGUUCUCUCAACUCUUCCGUCAUGGAUUUGUCAACUCUGGCGACUUUCUCAACACUGAACUCGAUUUCUUGUACCAACGAUCUCGUCAGCUUGCGACUAACCUCCCAAUCGGUGAAACACGUCUACAAGGAUUCAGAAUCACCGCAGAUGAGCUAGCUGGACUUCCAGUCUCUCCAAACCUUCUUCCAGUCCUGAUGCAUUUGAAGCUGUUCGGAAUCCCAUUGGAGUUCUUCAACCUCUUGCUCGCCCUCAUUGCUUUUGCCAUCGCAUAUCCAUCAGUGUUCUGGAGAGUUUCAAAACCGUUCAGUCUGCUUUUCUCCCUUCACCUGGUCAUCUACGCCGCACAAAUCAUCUGGGGGUACAUCUCAUUCUCAGUUCUCUUCCGAAUCCAAGAGACCAAUGUGUACAGCGUCAGACCUGUGGGACUAGGACAGUACCUCAGCCCAAUCAAGCCGAUGGGAUUGAACAUCUACCAUCCAUACGUAAUUUUGGGUUCUUUCAUAGUGCGCUUGGUGAUGACAACUUUGGCUCCAAUGGCAAUGUAUUCCUAUGGAUAUAACAAAUACCACGCUAACGUGCUGAAUGUGCAACACCGGAAUGCUGCUAGAACCUCACAGGGACAAGCAGAAUAUGGAGAUUAUAGAAGACGAUCAAUGAACCGGUAUGAAGGAAGCAAACUGUGCUGUGAUGGAUAUCUUCCACAUAUGGAUGCUAUUGCUCUUUUGGUUAUUGUUGCUGCUGCAAUUGGACCGACGAUCUACGCUCUUUUGAUACUGUAUCAGCAUGAACAGAAAGCGUUGAUUCUUACAUGCAUUAUUGUCGACGUGAUUUACAUGUUCUCAUGGAUUCUGAUGUGGCUCGCCAUGACACUGAAACGCGACUGGAAUUUCAAUGUGACCCAUAAAGUUCAUCAGUUCUAUGGACUUAAUAAGGGAAUGACUAUUGGACCAAUUCGUGGAAACGAGAAUCCUUCACAAAUGAAAACUUCUAUUCUUGUCAUGCAUCGUGAUACAAUGUACGUGACUGAUGACCAAACUGCAAAAGAAUCUCUUCUUCGUGCUUGUCACACCGGAAAAUUUGAGACUGUGAGCCCACCAGAAGAUGUGUACUGGAAACAAGGGCAGCAGAGCCCAGCAACACGAGCUAAGAUUCUCACUGAAGUUGAUGGUGUUAAAAAUAGUCCCGAAAUGUCAAGAUUGCUGAGAAUGGGAACUGAUGAUACUCAACAGACAAUGAGUUAUCACUCGAAUGGUGGCCGUAACAUCACGCAAGCUCAAAUGAGCAACUCUCAAAUAUUGCAACGUGGCAACAGUUCUCCACCGGGACCAAGCCAAUUUGGAACCAUCCAACGUAGCCAACAGCAAUACGGACAAAUGGGUACACUACAACGCGGACAGAGUGGCGGUACUCUUCAAAGAGGCGCCAUGGUUCAUGACAAUGUCUGGAAUCAGUACUCGGCGAUUCAAAAGAAAGAAGAACAACAGCAGCAGCACAUGCUUGGGCAGAGGCGUGAUAGUGGUGAAGCGGCAUACGGAAGAGUCGAUAGUACAUACGGAAGUUACGCAAGAAUUCCAAAUGUGUCUCGCAUCCAAGUGACUCCACAAGGCAGCCAAAUCCGUGUAAAUGGCUAUGGCGGCCUUCAACAAAACACUUUAUCUCGUCGUGACGUCACUCCACCGGUACACUCACAACAACCAUCAUUGAGCUCCAUUCGCCAAUCACCAAUGCUCUCUGAUCGGUCAGGAGUCAAUGUCCCACCACCACAACCGCUUGUCAGCAGGGAACAAUCACCUUAUCAACGGUCUGCUAUCAAAUUGUCAUCGUUUUCGGAGAAUAAGGGAAGUGGUAUAUAUGGCACCAGUGGUAUUGGAUCAGGAAACAAUGUGCAAUGGGGAGGCACUCAAAGAGUCGCUCCAGGGCAACCAGGACAACUUUUGUGGAACACUCCAGGAAGCGUGAAUGGAAACAAGUCAUCGCUAACCAGCACCACAACCUCGUCGCAAAACGAUGAACAAUGCUUUACCCCAACUUCCACACUAACAAGUCACGGAAGUAACUACACACCAACUCCCGGAUCACCACAAGGAUCCAAUCCGAUCUACUCUCGGAUCAAUGGAGCCUCGUCAACGUCUUCCAAUCUCUAUGGAGUUGCCUCGAAGGAAAGCCAGUAUGCGGAUAGAACUCUAUCAAAGGCUCCAAUCAAGUCGACAACAGUGACGACUGGAAACACAAUCCUUCGCGCUGUUAAUGGUACAGACGACACUGUUUCGAGUUUCUCUCGUCCACCCACUGGUGCACUUAACCAAAACGACUUUGCUACCAGCAUUGUAAUGAAGACCCUCUUCUGUCUUUUCGCUCUUGUAGCUGUUGCUUCUUCCUUCGUCGCCUUCGCCGCCCCAAAGCAAGAAGGAACCUUGAACUGCCUCAUGUGCGAGGUUGGAGUCCGUGCCGCUGAAAACCCAGCCGACAGAGAGGCCCACGUUGUUGAGGACAAGUUCGACGCUGAGUGCAAGAAGGAGCUCGGAGCCAUCCCAUUCGCUGCUAAGGAAUGCGAGAAGUACGGAAACUCCAAGCUUGACCCCAUCAUCCACGAGCUCGAGAGCGGAACUGCCCCAGAAGACGUCUGCACCAAGCUCAAGGAGUGC